GGUAAAUCCUACCAUGGUACCGCUACUUGGUUCAAGCCUGCUUCUGAAGGUGGUUCCGAAGGUGCCUGCAGUGGUGAAGAAGAAGAUGAUGACUCCAACAUUGUGGCUUUGAACGCUGAUCAGUACGGUGGUGACAGCAAGUCUUCCUGGUGCGGUAAAAAGGUGUCUAUCAAGGGUCCUAAAGGCGAAACCACCGCUAGAAUCACUGAUGAAUGCCCCGAUUGCGAUGAAGGCGAUCUCGAUCUGACCCCGGCCGUUUUCAAGAAGGUCGUUGGCGACAUGGAUAUCGGCGAAGCUGAUAUCUCGUGGCACGUUGUU